GGGAAGUGAAUGGGUUCAACAAAGACAGCACACUACUCCCACCACUACCACCACCAUACCCCGCGCAACCGCCCUUCUCGGCCUUCCCUGCCAGCCUCGCCAUCUUUCCCAUCCCUCCCUUCCUUUCACCCAAACAAACACUCCGCUUGAUUACCAGUCGUCAUCAAUACAGCCCACCCACAGAAAUGAGCAAAUCACUGUCCAUCCUUUGCUUCGGCAAUUCGUUGACGGCCGGAUUCUACGACUUCGGAUUGAAUUACCACCCUUACGCAUGGAAGUUGGAAGAUCGUCUCACGGGUGCAUUUCCAGACCACACCAUCAAAGUCGAUGUCGACGGACUUCCAGGCGACUUGGUCAACUGUCCCCCGGGGCGCUAUCUGUCGCGUUUGGAGCAAAAAUGCGCAGCAAAUUCCUAUGAUUGGGUGAUCAUGCUGGGUGGGACAAAUGAUCUCGGCUACAUGUACCCCGCUGACCGAAUUUUUGCCGCGCUGAAGGAGGCCUGGACUAUGGCUAUCAAGAGUGGCGCAAAUGUCCUGGCUCUGACUGUCCCUGAAUGCGGGGUCAAGCAAAGAAGGGUGGACAGUACACGCGCGGAGCUUAAUUCGCAGAUCUUGAGUUAUGUUGCCGAUAGCUUCUAUGCUCUCGAUAUUCACAAAGAGGUCCCGUAUCAUAGCGCUGAGAAGGAUUUCAAGGAGAAGAUGUGGGAUGAUGGGGUUCAUAUGACUCCGGAUGGGUACGACUUGGUUGGGGAAGUGGUCGCAAACCACCUUAUCCAAUUGCUCAGUUAGACCGUUGGAGGUAGACUCACAUGGCUCCGAGGAGAGGGAGAGAUUACAGAGAUUUAUUACGACUGGCUAAGAAGAGGUUUCGGAUGAUCCAUAGAAUCUCAUGGUUAUUACUGGCAUAUUUUGACAUUAGCGGUCUGUCCGUGCCUGUUAUACAAAGCAGAUCACGCG